CACGCGCCGCCCGCGCCUCCUGCCUCUUAAAGUUUCCGCAGAGCUGGCGAGCGGCGAUGACGUAGCCCGGGCGCGCCGCGCGCCCACGACGUCUGGGGCCAAUGGCGGCUGCGGCGCUGGAACCCUGGCAAGUUGCGGCUCCGCGGAGAAGGCGCUCUGCCGCUCGACGUCCGCGGCCCAGGGAGGCGGUGGCGGCCCGGGGCCCGGAGGCGGAGCCUGAGGUGGACGGCGAAGUUGUGCUUCGUCGCAUGCAGGAGGCCAGGAAGGACAUGCUUAUUUCCGAUUUCUGGAGUUCGGCCCUAGAAACCAUCAACACAUGUCUUACGAAACAUCUGGAACAGCUGAUGGCCCCAGUAGGGACUCUUUCAGAAGCCCUUGGAAACCUGCACCUUGACUCAUCACCAGAUGACUCAGAUGCGGCCCCUGGCUCCAUCCCAGGGGAGACCCUGCUCACGGGAACCUGCCAUUGGAAGUGCGUGUGUUACGGCAUUGGGAACUUUUCCACCUGCGUCAUAGCUAGAAACCAGCUCACAUUUUUGCUUCUCUUCCUGGAAAAGUGCCAGAUUCCCAGAAGUCAUUGCUGGGUGUAUGACCCUCUGUUUAGCCAACUCGAAAUUGCAGUUCUUAACACCCUUGGGGUGAUUGUUCUCAGUGAGAACGAGGAAGGAAAGCGGAGCGUGCAUGGGGAGCGCACCAUCUUUUACAUGCUGCACUGUGGGACGGCCCUGUACAACAAUCUGCUAUGGCGUAACUGGUCAGUGGAGGCCCUUUCCAAGAUGGUCAUCAUUGGGAACAGUUUCAGAGGACUGGAGGAUCGAUUGUUGACAAGGAUUCUGCAGAAAAAUUAUGCCUACAUUGCCAAGAUUUUACAAGGACUGGAGGAGCAGGAGUUUCCUCUGACUUCCCAGUACACGGACAUGUUUAACGACACCGCUGUCCACUGGUUCCCUGUCCAAAAGCUCAGCCAACUCUCGGCGCCCACGUGGGCGUUUCGGGAAGAACCGGACUAUCGGGACUGUGAGGACCUUGAAAUCAUCAGGAACAAGACACAGGAUCCUUCAGCUACUGACUCAAACUCGCUGUAAUGUAUUCAGUGUGGGCUGAGGC